CUCUCUCUCUCUCUCUCUCUCUCUCUCUCUCCCUCUCUGGAGCGCAUGAACCUUACCUCGCUCCUUAUCGCCGACGGCCUCUCGUCGUCUCGUGGCCGUCGGUCGCCCGGGCCGCCGAAGACAGGAGUGCCGCGCGCGAGGACCGCGGGAAAACGCGGCCGCGAGGACGACGCUCGCAGUGAAGCCUCGGAGUGCGCGACGACGCAGCCCGGAGUAGCCCCGCGACAGAGGGCUUGUUGACGUCGUGCGGUGGCCGUCCAUUCGUACCGCGAGCUGCAGCGUGAAAACACGCAGCUGCGAGGACGUUCCUCCGGGUUCCUCGCUCCGCGAGCCCCUCGCCCGGGACAGCGAGAGACCGCACAGUGAAAACCGGUUCAGUGACACGUGACCGUUCCUCCGCGUCUGCUCUCGCGCGCGUGUGUUCUGUGCCGACGGAGGAGCGACGCCGGCUGGCAGGUGGCUGGCCUCUCCGAGCGCGAACGUCUACGAGGACGACCGGCGGUUCACCCUGCUGCUGAUCGUCGGAAGAUGUAGUGGAGCCGGUGUCGGAGAAGAAGGCUACGUCCGGCGAAUCGAAUUCACGGUGCAAAUUGGUGCGCUGGGAAGCAGGGAGGCUGUGAUGAGGGAAGUCGGCUAAAAAGGAGCCCCACGUCGCGCAAGCGUCGGUAGGAGUACAGGAAAGAUGCCGCUUUCCUCGAGAGUCUUAUUAAGCCCGCUGCUGCUUCUAAUCAUCGCAGGAAGCACCGGCGCCUUCAGCUCCCGGCAAGAAGAAUGCUCAUUUCCGGCCAAGUGGGAAGGCACGUGGUUCCAAAGUGGCGUGAGGCAGCCGAUAGUGAUAUCCAGGAACGAACUAUCCAGCAAGGGCAGAUGCUUGCACAACGAAGGCGACAAGUUUCUUCUGGUGGAUCAGAAGUCAUGCUACCGCUGCGUCGUCAUCCACGAGAAGCACUCCAACGUUCUCCAGUACAAAGAGACUUUUUGCCACGGCAGAAACAUCCUGACGGCUCUCUGCUCGUUCAUCACGGGCGAUGCGCUGCUGUAUUCCAUGUUCCGCGAGGAGGCGCCGCCCGUGGCGUGUCCCUUUCGCGGGCCCAUGACCUUCUCGUACAAUCGGGGCCACGGCACGUGUUCGAACCCGCCGAGCAACAUCGACACCUGCACGGACGACAGCAGGCUCCUCUUCAAGUACCAGGCCUGCCCAGACGUACCGGCCUCGGAGAGCGCAGUGGAGGAGCUGGAAUGUCUGGCCACCUGGAAGGAGGGCAGCAGCCGUUACUUGGUCGGCCGUCUGCAUCACGGCCACGCGUCCAGCAACGAGGAUCGAUACCGAUGCUUCGUCUACGAGAAGGCCAGCCAGACGGUGCAGAGUAGCCUGAACAGAGCCACCAUGGGCAUGGGCGCUAUGGAGCACGAGGUCGCCCUGCCGGGCGGACCGGUGCCCGAAGGCUCCGCCGAGAUAUACCGGGUGGCGCAGAGCGGCGACGCGACGUGCAACGGCCUGUUCAGCCCGAUGGAGGGCUCGCGCACGAUGACGCUGAAGAAGAUCUCAUCACCGGGCGAGUGCCGAUUCCCCAAUUGGCUGACUGGACACUCCAACGGCGGGCUUACCUGGCACACCCUGGACUUGGCCAGGUCCUACACGUUUCAUCCGCGCAACGCGUCGCUGCACGUCACGAGAUCGAACGCGACUUCGCCGAGGCUCGAGAGCGGCUCGGCGGACGCGCAAUACGUGCCCGGCCAAGAGGAUCAGGACAUGAAGAUCCUGUGCAACAGCAUCAAGCAGUCCAACGGCGCGCAGACCAUGACGAUGACAAUGCUGGUGGCGCACUUCACCGUCGGCUGUCGGAGCGGUUUUAUGUGCAUGACAUUCUACCGAAGAGACGGCCACGUGAUCGAGGUGCAAACGGGAAAUGCGGUAUCUAGACCGGAAGAAGCAUGCAGCCCGCCCUAUUUUCAGCAGCACAGUAUACCCUUCCUCACCCUAGUCACGAGUUCCCCGGAGCCGCGCAACUGCCCGUACCUGGGCAAAUUCACGGUGACCGAGGUGAAUCAGAAUCAGCGGAACACGCGCGAGAGCCGCAGAGGUCAGCAGCAUCAGGAAUCGUUGGGGGCGCGUCGCGACGGCGAGAAGGUGCGCCACGCUCAGGAGAGGAACGAGGACCGGCGCGGGCGGAAGCUGGACUACGAGGUGGAGAAACGACGAGCCAACAACGAGUACCUGGUGCACGAGAGGAUGGGCCGGCGAGCGCGCUCGAAUCAUGGCGGCAACCGCGGCCGCAAGGACUACAUCCUGCCGGCGGACGAGGCGUCACCCUGGCGCUCUUCGGAGCUGGAGGAGCUGCUGAGGGAACGCUCCUUGCGAUCGAAAGUCAGGAGGUCAGGCGGCGAGCCGGAGCAACGCGCCGUGCAGGAGAGCUCGCGGUCCAAGACGAGGAGAGCGCGCCGCGACGUCGAGCACCUGUCGAGGAAACGCAACACGAGGUACGCGAAGUACGGCUCCGCCGGGGAGGACAUCAAAGGACUCGCGCCGGCGGGGGCCGAGGGGAGGCUGACGAGAGCGACGGAGGAAACGACGCGGCGAGGUGCAGCGACGCUGAAGGACGCCGCCGCCGGCGCGGAUUACAGUGGGACGGCCAACAGAUCGAGGAGAUAUCCGAAAGUCGAGGACUUCGAAAGUCGACCGGACACGGAUGACGUCGGCCGGUCGUUCUGGCCCGUCGACCUCGACGGCUCGUGGACCAGCAGCGCGCUGCAGGUGCAGGACGAUUAUUUCGGGGAUUACUACGCGGAGCCGGGCGAGAGCCUGCCGCGCAAGAGAUCGCCGAGAAACACGGCCGACAAAGGUAUGACCUAUAAGGACCUCGUGAGGAUGAAGAGGGAGCUCGAGGAGCAUGAAAAGGACGACGACGCCGUGGAAAGGCGGGAGAAGAGGGACGAGGAUGACUCGAGGUGCAGCUCCGAGGUGACGACCUUAACCGUCGGCUGCUCCACGGCAGACAGGAUGGAGUUUCAAAGUGACUGCGUCGACGACGACGCGGGUAUCACCGCCUACUCCUGCCACGGUAGAUGGUUCGACGCCGAGGGCACGCAGUUCGUAAUCGCCACCCCGUUGGCGCGCAGGACGGCCUGGCGUUCGAGCGAGAACAACAGGCCGCAGCCCUACAGGAACAGCCGUAGACUGUGCUUCAUGUACAAAGAGAGCGGCGGAGUUGUCAGUUUGACUGCCAGCCCCGUGGCUUGUCAGAGGGGCAUCCCGCCGCCCCCGCCGCUGUUGGCCUUCAACGCAACCAGCACCGGUCAAUGCAUGGAAGCGAACGGCGGGCGGAUCGGCCGACCGACGUACCUGCUGACGAUCGUCCUGCUGACAGCGGUCGCCGCGAUAUUCAGGUGAUUCUAAUCGAAAGCGCGACCUACUCAAAAUCACCCGAGGACACGUCCUUAGGCGAUUAGUCGACAGCGUCGCCGGACACUCAGUGUGGUCGUGGUGACGAAGGACACUGAUGACGCGCUAACGGGCGGAGGCUGAGGAAGGAUCAAGAGAGUGCGACAUUUUCGGCCGCGGAUGAAGGAGAGACGCGAGGGACGAGAGAGAGAGAGAGAGAGAGAGAGGAAGCCGUCGUCGUCGGCGGGUUCGGACGUGUUCGCGGCUUCUGUUAGUUUCUUCAAAGCUGUCGGGAGAAAUUCGCGCUCGUGCGAUCGCGUCGCGUUUCGCGAACGAGCAGGCGGCCAGCCGCCCACCCCGUCGUCGUGGAGAAUCGAACGGAUAAGAGUGGCAAGAGGGAAAACGGCGGAAAUCGGAGUGAUCGCGUCGAGAUCCUGCUUGACCCCGAGAAGGACGACCUCGGGCAGAGGCGCGCUUGUGAAUGGAAGGACAAUCGGCGACGGUAGUGCGCGACGCGAGCCGAAGCGACGAGAGGAGAUCGAGCGUGGGUUUCCCCCGGCCAGUAGCUUUUUUUACCGGACAUAGGCGCGUUAGGCACUAGCUAAUUGAAGUCUGUCGGGCGGAGCUGACGAGAAGUUAUCGAGCGAUUUUUAUGGUUAGACCAUAUCACAUCACGAAGGAUAUCGCGGUGUCGCGACGAUCGGCGCGAGCCUCGGUCAGAGCGCGAAAGACGCGACUCGCCGUGCAGGGACCGAUCGUCGGAGUCCUCUCUCUCUCUCUCUCUCUCUCUCUCUCUCUCUCUCUCUCUCUCGUUCUAACCAGUAAGAAGUGCGAUCGUUACUUUUUAAGACGGAUAAAGGAGCAGAGAGAGAGAGAGAGAGAGAGAGAGAGAGAGGGAAGAGAAUACUACACGAAGAGACUAUAUCCCCUCGAUAAGUGCAAAAAAGCGAGAGAGCAUUUACUCGGUAAAUAUUUUCUUCGCCGGGCGAGAACGCUCAUUUCUUUGCUCAUUCUCGGGCACGUACCCUCUCGAUAAAUACCGAGUAAUCGACGACACGUAAUAAUUAUAUCGAUAAUUACAUGUAAUUACCCGCGGCGAACACCGUGCCGUCGCUCUUCGAUCGGAUCGAGCGGAAGAGAAAGAGGGAGGGAGGGAGGGGAGGAGAGAGAGAGAAAGAGAGAGAGAGAGAGAGCCACCUCUCGCCUCGUCCUGACUAAGCGACACGCCACGAGGGAUAAAGGGAAGUGUGAUUGCCGGUGAGCCGCGCGUUCGCAGGAGCAACGAGUGACGUGCGCGUCGCGCACAAGCGGAGGCUUAACGAGCCCCAAUUGAGCCGGUGAGAUCUUGGACGGUAUAACACGUUAAAUAUGUCGCGCGUUACUUUUCAGCGCGCGGGCGCAGCCGAGGCUCGGGGAGAUCGGGAGGUCGUUAGACGCGACGAGGAACACGCAAAAAGGGCAAUAACAGUAUCGGAGCCACGGGAGCGAGGCGAGCGUACUUGCGGAGAGUCUCAUUGCGGCGAUCUCCUCUUUGGAGUUGCCGCUUUUUCUUUUCCUGUCCGUGAUCUCUCCGUGAAUUCCCGGCACCUGCAGCUGGCUGCGCGCUUCCUCGAGGCUCACGGCUCACCGCCUGAGCAUUUUUCUUUAUCCGCGCGUCAAGAUUUCGCCGCGAGCAAGCGCACGUCGCGCCGCGGAGAAGACGGCGAGAAGACUUUCGCCUGUUGGCGAACGCGGAGUUGCCGGCCGAUUACCCAAAAGUUCCCAUCGCUCAAGAACGAUCGAAUAUCCCGAAGGAUUCGUCGCGCGCGAACGUCAUCCCGAAGAUCCGAGCGGCGCCUUCGUCUCGUAGGAGAGCGACCGGCCGGUGAAUCGCGACGGGAUGCGCACGGACGACGUUUCUCCGACGAUCCUCUUCGGCGCGAACGUUAACGUAAGCAAUAAGCAAUAAAGAUACAAGACGCGCAUAUACAGAGAGAGAGAGAGAGAGGGAUGGAAAGAAAGAGACACAUGCAUACAAGACAGAAACACGCAUACAUGCAUACACACAUAACACACACACACACACACACACACACACACACACACACAUAGGUACGCGGCGUUGGCACGCUCGAGAGAACGGUGAUAACGAGGAGGAUGUUGCGCUUGUACACGGAGGUGUAUGGAGUGUGGAGACGUUAAUCCGAAGGAACUCCAUUAAUCAGUUCCGAUUCUCGCGAUUAUAGUGACGAUGAGGAAGGCCGAACGUGACGUAGGAGACGCUAUGAUAUUAUUGUAACUAAUACAGAGUCUAUAUAUUAUAUUAUUGUACAACCAUCUUUGUAAUAAUUAAGUCGUAAUCGAGUGACGAGAGAGAAGUGUAGAAGCGCGGGGCUGGGGUGGGGGGCAGAGCGAAAGACAAACCAAAGAAAAAGUUAGAGGGACGACGACAGUGUGAGAACGGUGAGAGCGGGAGAGCAAGUGUGUGCCAGAGGAUGCGUGCGUGUGUGCGAGAGCUGAAGAUAAUGUGAGAAUGAGAAUGAAAGAGAGAGAGAGAGAGAGA